UUUUGAAUUUCGAACAGACCUCAACUGUUGAACAGUGCAGGCGUUAUUCUUUAUUUUGUCGCGAAAGGAGUAAGUUUAUACAUCAAGAUGAGCUUGUCGCUUCGAUCAGAAUUUGCCAUUGAUAGGCCGAAACGUAGGAAACGCCGUGAUCUGACAGAAGAACAGAAACAAGAAAUCAAAGAGGCGUUUGAUCUGUUUGACACUGACAAAGACCGGGCCAUUGAUUAUCACGAAUUGAAGGUGGCCAUGAGAGCCCUGGGGUUCGAUGUUAAAAAAGCCGAUGUUCUUAAAGUACUGCGAGACUACGACAGAGAAUCAUCGGGAAAGAUAUCGUUUGAAGAUUUCAACGAGGUUAUGACAGAUUGGAUGCUGGAACGCGACCCACAGGACGAAAUCAUCAAAGCGUUCCGUUUGUUUGACGACGACGACUCUGGCAAAAUUAGUCUGCGGAAUCUGCGGCGGGUUGCCCGAGAAUUAGGGGAAAAUAUGACAGACGAGGAACUACGGGCAAUGAUCGACGAGUUUGACAGGGAUGGCGAUGGCGAAAUAAACGAAGAUGAAUUCAUUGCUAUAAUGACAGGGGAUACAUAAAAUGUUCUGACAUUUGCAAUCGGUAAACAUGAACAGACACGAUUCAACAAGGCCGUUAUUAUCCUGUACCACCACUGAACGAAACACAAACGAAAUGGAAUCGUCUGCCCAUUCAUUCGCCCUUCGCAGUUUUGUUUGAUAGUUGCGCACCUGUUACAAACAUUCUUCCCCUUUUCUACGUUUUUUCGCCGACGGAUGACAGUAGGAAGAUUUUAUGACAAAACGUCGCGCUGCCACUAUUCCGACGACUAUUGAACUCUGAGGCACACUCAAAUAAAAACGUGAAUUUCUUGUAUCACAUAUACGUCUUAUUUUUACUGUAAUUUUAUGUUAUAAUACACUCACUACUAAUAGACCGAACACCGGUAUUUGUACGUAUCCAUUGGAGGAAUGUCUAUGUAUAUAGUGUCAGAUCUAAAUAUGAUCUUAAUUUUUUUUAGAUCUUUACUUAAAUUUAUGUUACUUUGGACUACUGUAUUUUUAUAGGUCUAAUUGUAACCCAGUAACAGUUUUAUGUGCAACUAUCACUAAGUUUGCAUGGGGGAGGGGAGUCACUUGAGGGUCACCUGGAUAAUUAUUUAAUCACCUUGAAUGACUUUGAUUGGAUGAUUGAUUUAAAUGUGUCCUUGUAUUGACAUGUUUAUAAAUAUGAUUGUUAGUAACAGAAGACUUAACCCAAGUGGUUCACCACUACAAAGUACGUACUUAACCUAUUGUUGAUUCAAAUGUUAUAACCCUGUCAUACUUAAUACAUGUGUUAUGCCGUCCUACAACUCUAUGCAAAAUUCCCAAUUGGUAUUUACCAUGUCUGAAUGGUUAUUGUCUUGCUGCACAUGUCUAUGUAGCAUGGCAACUGAAGUGUCUUGAAUUCUGUUCGAGGUCAAUUGACGCAUGCAUGCUUUGGUAACAUGUUUUAUGAAUGUUUAUGUAAAUUUGUAAACUUGUAUAAUAUUUAGAUGUUCAUGAUCAGAACCUUCAGAUUUCAUGUUAGUUGUUAGGGGCAUGUCAAACUAACCUGUUUUAUAAUAGUACACUUUAUGCCUACCCUCCCUUUUCACCUGAAUUGGAAAAGCUGUAUAAUAGCAUGAAAGAAAAUGGUUUUGUGUGGGUCUAAUUUUUGCCUCUGUCAGUUACGCCAUUCUUGGUCCCUGCAAAGGUCUUGAAAAGGCCAAAUUUGUAGAUAAACAUUUCAUUUCAAAAUUUAGCUCUCGAUACUCAGCAUUUUGAAAUGGAUUGCAAUCAGCUUUUAGUUUAUUACUUGUUUACUUUGAACCAUAAAGUCAAAAUUAACUAAGAUGUUUUGUAAUAACUUUGACGAGUUGUGGCUCGAAGGAAUCUGAGUCAUUUGAAAAUGUAGUCAGAAAACGUAAACCUCUUUCUAUGCAGUAACUGAGUGAUCUUUGCAACUCUACUUUAAUACUUUUAUAAAAUACUUUUGUUCUAGAUUUAAAUUGAUUGUAAUUUCCAAGAAUGGUCAAUGUUAACUCGUUGGUUUUUAAACCCAUAUUGCUUGUACUGUGAUUUAUCGCAAUGUCAAACUUGUAUUCUUAAAAUCAUUGCACAUUUCAAACCCUUAGAAGUGUAUUGAAUCCUGUGAAUGCAGAAAGCAGAUUUCAAUUCAGAAUACUAUAACAUUAUUAUUUCCAUGGUGCCCGUUUGAGGAAUUUCUUUCAAUUGUUUGAAUUCUUUGUUUGUAUUUGAAUCAAAAGCCUGGUUCCACAAAAAAAAACGAGGAUGUGGUCUGACCUUUGUACCAGAUACUGUAUUGCUCUAAACACAUCACCUUUUGAGGAAAAGAUGAAGUCAGCAGAUGGUUUGCUAAGUUCACUAGUUGAUGUCUUUUUAAAGUAUUAAAGUAUUAUUUUAAAGACUUGAAAGUAUUAAGUGGAUCUCACUAGUGCAAUUGAACAUUGGUGAAUAAAUAUCAGCUUAAAUAUGGGGGUAACUGAGAGGGGAUGAGGUUGUUUCUCAAACUUGAUUUUUACUCAACUAUAUAACAAGUCUGUUUACUUCCAAUUUAGAAUUGUACAGUUUUCAGUGUCAAACCUUGAAUUGCUUCUAAUUACCAUAUUCUUGCUUUACUGAGUAUUUUUUAUUUUCAUAUUUGAAUAAAUGUAAAUUUCUUGAUUACCAGAAAA